GAGAGCAACCAUCCGAGUGCAGGUGGUUCUAGUGGACCUAGAUUAGAGCCUGAGGCUCCUUUUGUGUCUACUUCGUCCUCUCAGUUUGUUCAUGUUAGACGUGGGCCUCGUGGUAAUUUUGAGUCAUCACGACCCGAUUCGGAGGAGGGCAGCACUAGUAAGAGGAAGAAGGCAAGAGAAGCUUAUUCGUGGAUUCUUGACAGGAGUGGGCCGGGGGGGCCUAUCGAUCAUAGCCUAAUUCCUAGUUUUGGAGGUCAUGUGGCUUAUCGAUUAUGGGAUGAUGGUUUAGGGGCUCGCCGAAUGGAUUCAUUCAAGUUGUCGACUAGAGCAUUGGCAGUCAAUUAUUUGAAAGAUUACAAAUUUCAGAGUGAGGGUGCUGCAGCAUUGGUUGAGAGGACAGGGUUGCGCAAGUUGUUGGACUGCUCGAUCCAGCACUUGGAUAGACCUUUACUUGUGGCGUUUGUGGAGAGGUGA